CUCACCAAAAAAAGGGCUUUUAAUAAGCUGCUUCUCCAUUUCUAAGUGGGUUUAACCUCCUCAGCACAGAAUCGCAAUUUCGAUUGAACUCGGAGACACUGCAAAAAACUCCACCAUGGAUGUGAUCAAGACGCAGCAAAUAUCAUCGAGGCCAGUCGAGAAGGUCGUAGUCCACCCUCUGGUUUUGCUCAGUAUCGUUGAUAACUACAAUCGAGUUGCUAAGGAGUCUCGCAAACGAGUUGUAGGAGUUUUACUCGGUAGCUCUUUCAAGGGCACUGUCGAUGUCAGCAAUAGCUAUGCAGUCCCCUUUGAAGAAGAUGAGAAAGAUCCAAGCAUAUGGUUUCUUGACCACAACUAUCAUGAAUCAAUGUUUUCAAUGUUCAAGAGAAUAAAUGCUAAGGAGCACAUCGUAGGUUGGUAUAGCACAGGUCCAAAGCUAAGGGAGAAUGAUCUAGAUAUUCACCAAUUGUUCCACAAUUAUGUACCAAAUCCUGUGCUUGUGAUUAUUGAUGUUCAACCAAAGGAGUUGGGAAUACCUACUAAAGCCUACUAUGAUGUUGAAGAAGUUAAAGAGAAUGCUACCCAAAAGAGCCAGAAGAUCUUUGUUCAUGUACCUUCAGUUAUUGCUGCCCACGAGGUUGAGGAAAUUGGUGUGGAACACUUACUAAGGGAUGUCAAGGAUACCACCAUUAGUACACUUGCCAAUGAGGUGACAGGAAAACUUACUGCUCUGAAAGGUUUGGAUGCACGACUGCGUGAGAUUCGUGGCUACCUUGAUCUUGUUAUUGAUGAGAAGCUUCCGCUAAAUCAUGAGAUUCUUUACCAUUUACAGGAUGUAUUCAACCUUCUUCCAAAUCUUAACGUGGCAGAGUUGAUAAAAUCAUUUGCAGUAAAAACCAAUGAUAUGAUGCUGGUUAUUUAUCUUUCCUCACUCAUCCGGAGUGUCAUUGCACUUCAUAAUUUAAUCAAUAACAAGAUGCUAAAUAAAGAACACGAAAAGGCUGAGGAUGCAAAGCCAGCAAUUGUCCCCAUAGCUUCUGGAAACUAAUGUGCAGCUUCCAUCAGCCCCUUUGAAACAUCUGAGUUGAAGGAGCUAGUUAUCUGUCCGUUGGGUUCUUGAUUGGAAGAGAUGGCUAGUUUCCCAGCAUGUAUUUUCCUGAUAAUUUUUUGUUCAAUGUCACUUUAUUUGCCCAAAUAUAUGCUGCUGUAGACCACUCAUUUCACUUUUUUUAAUUCAAAAGCAAUUUGAAGUCAGGCUGUGAAAGGAAAUAUAGAACCCUAAGCCUCAUUAGCUGCUAAUGUCGUAGAAUCAAAAUGAUUGUUCCAUCCAUUUGAAGCUGUUUAAUCGUUGAAUGGGCAAAAAUAUUUUAUCCAUAGUGGAUCAUUGAUUUU